AUUAAUAUCUUAAGAUUUCUUGAAAUAAUUUUAUACAUCAGAAGUGAAGACUUUCUUCAACUAGGACUCGGACCUCCACAUCCAAAGAAUCUUCUCAACACAGCAAGGUACCACUACAAGAGUGACACCGGUUUCUUUUCUAAGCAAGACGUAUCCUUGGUCUGAAAAUAGUGGACAAAAUAUGAGUCUAGCAUGUCUUGCAUGCCACAGCGUAGAAAGUCCAUCACGCUCCUUUAGAAGCUACUCAGUCUCGAGCUCAGACAAUGAAGGAAGAUGUACAGCCAUUGCCAACUGCAUAACCAGGAAGCUAUCUCAUCCUCCUCCCAGAGCAAACUCUUCUUUUGCAUCAUCAUCAUCCAAAGUGAGCCCACAACCACUUAAUCCAAGUAAUGACAGCAUGACAGGACCCCCACGAUUAGUACGCAGUCGUGCUGUGAGAAGAGACCUUGUAAGAGAUUGGAAUUUUGAUGGGGUUGUGAUGGAGCGUUAACUACUUAAAGAAGGAAGACUACCGUAAUCUUUGCUCGUAUGAUAGCAUUAGAGAUUUAUCUUGCUGUCUUUCCUUGGACUUUGUUUGUUAUGGAUGCAGUUAAGCUCACUUUUCCACUUGACGAGUUUGCGUUUGUGAUCAUCUUAGGAAAAUCAAAUGCGAAAUCUUGUUCAUAUUUCA